AUGGCUCGCAGCAAUUGGUAUUUCAACAACGAAGAAUUGAUGAACUCUCCAAGUUUUAGAGACGGUAUCAACGCAGGCAAAGAAUUAGAUCAUAAGCAACAGGCCGCUUACUUAAUCAACGAUUUGGGCACGCGGCUCAAAUUAUCUCAAGGCUGUAUAAAUACUGCUACGGUAUUUAUGCACAGAUUCUAUACCGAGAAGUCAUUGUCUAAAUUUCAUAGAUAUGAAGUAGCAACGACGGUUAUUUUUUUGGCAGCAAAAGUCAAGAAAGUGCCACGAAAAAUAGAAGAUGUGAUUAGAGCUUUACAUACUUGCCUGAAGAAAGACAACAAUCACACGCUAGACAUCACCACUGCUGAGUAG